UCCACAAUCCACGAUCAUAUAGGUCCAUCAGGUCCAUACAACUCCUAGAAAGCCCUAGCUUCCCGCCCACUCUCUGUCACUCUCUCUGCACCUGGGCAGUCUUUUGCCAUUCCUAUCAUACGACUUACCGCCUAGACUUCACCGCACCCACACGCCCGCACACGAUCAGCCAUUGCUUUGCUGUUAAUUGUGGUUCGAUCUAGCCAAUUCUCCGGACGGCCGCCACCUCGACCGAUUUCACCGAUUUGCAUUAUUUUAUCCUCGCUUAACCUUGGAAAUAUCCAUCACCGCCGCUUCCUUUCCCACUUAGUACCUGUUAUACCCUUACAACUACAUACAACCUAACAAUCGUUACUGCAACUACCACGAACUGCCAACUGCGAAUUGCGAAAUAGGGAGGGGUUAUAGUUUAUAUACCAUGCGAAUCGAAUAAAUGCUUCACUCAACAUGGCAUUUAACUUCAACUGGUCGCCGCUCACGGCCGACGCCGAGUUCUAUAAACGAGCGCAAGAGCUUCUAACGAACGCACUGAAUAAAUCUCCGAAGCCUCCUAUAAUCGUCGAUGAUAUCCUCGUCACCGAGUUCAACCUCGGGUCCGUCCCGCCAGACCUGGAGAUAUUGGAAAUAGGAGAUCUUGCCGAGGAUAGGUUUCGAGGCAUCUUCAAAAUGUGCUAUUCGGGCGAUGCAUUCUUGACGCUAAAGACGAGAGUUCAAGCAAACCCCUUAAACACAUAUCUCUCAGCUAAGCCAAGCUUCACGUCGCCGCAACCGUUAGCGGCUGCAGCAAGUCUCACGAUACCUUUAUCUAUCACCUUAUCUGAGAUCAAGCUGUCUGCUUUUAUUAUAUUGGUAUUUUCGAAACAGAAAGGCCUCACGAUAGUAUUCCGAAAUGAUCCCCUCGAGUCUCUCAAGGUCUCUUCGACCUUUGACUCGAUCCAGUUUGUUCGAGACUACCUUCAGAGAACGAUUGAAGGGCAGUUGAGGGCUUUGAUGAUGGAUGAGUUACCGGCUAUUAUCCAUAAACUCUCUUUACGACUUUGGUGCCCCGAUCAAUUACCGAGGGAGGAAGUGUCGCCAAAGGAAGGAUCAGAGGAUGAAGCUGUUGUCGAUCCAUUCGCCAAUCCGCCUCCGGAAGCAGUCGAUUCUAAUGGUCACGUGCUUGAUGCAAACGAUAUUGCGUCAUUGUCCAUGGACGGGGGCUCGGAAUUGCAAUCUUUAUUUUCUCAAAAGAAUCUAUUGAAACUAGCAGCUCUUACCGAUUCGCAACGGACACUGUCACUAUUCACACCCGGGAUUCGCGAUGUGUUGUUUAGGGCUUGGGCCGGAUCGAUGGAUCGGAGCGAUACCGGAUAUUCAACUCCAGCGUUGACGCCCAGUCUGAUGCGUACCCAAUCUCUGCAGGGGAGCAGCAACACAUACACUUUUACGGAUUCUAGCAGCUUAGAUCAGGGUAGUAUACCUUCGCGACCAUCCCUGUCUAGUCUCCACUCUGCCACAACGGGUCUGGCCCUUGGCGCUGGUAGACACUCAAGAAGCUCACGCAAAAAGAAGACGCGCGUGGUCAACCUGCGUCGGACCAAAACCGGAAGCGAGGCCACUAGUGAAAGCAGUGAGACAGUCUCAGACUCUACAUCGAUUAACGGUCCAUUCUCAGAGCCGAUCCUACCAGAUUCAAUUCCAGAAGAUCACGAGGAGGAGCUGGCUGAUGAAGACGAGCCAUACUCGACACAAGUGCACUAUAGGUCCGAGAGGGAUGUGCCAUCUCGAACUCCUUUGAAUAUGGACAUAUAUAAAGAUCCGGCUAUUGACGAGGAUGGCCCCAUACUAUCAGUGGAGCCAAAUGCGGAGGCACCUCCAGCUCAGCAGGAGAAGGUUGUAGAACCCACCCGUUUCCCUUCCUCCUCCAAGAGCCCAUUCAACUUAGAGCGGCAUCGGCCGAUGGGUUCCGACACGUCGUCCGUGAUUCUUGAGCAGGCUUGGAUAAUGAAGAUGGCCGGCGAAAUUGCGCGUCGUGUAUACGACGAAAAACAACGAAACGAAAACUUCUGGGCGGAGAGAGACGACACUCCGCCCCCCGCAUACCAAGCGACACAAUAGAUCUAUAGAUCGUACAGGAAAAGUAACUUCCGAUCCUUUCACUUUUUUCGUUUGUCUAUAUCUAGCAUGCAUCGGCAGCACCUAGACAGACUGUACAUACGGUUAUGGCGUUACUACAGGGAUCAUGGCGAGGUGGGGUAACCGGGGAUUUGGAGAUAUCCGGAUGUGCUCUUUUUUUUAAUGUCUAUUGAGAGGCGGUGUGUAGCAGAGGCGUUUUGGGCGUAAUGGUUUUAAAAAAAAGUUGUGGGUCGAUCCUUUAUGCUCUUGUCGCUUUUUGGAAAGGUCUCACUAUAUUUUCUAUCUCUGGAUGUGAGGAAAAGUCGAGUGUUAUGCAGGACUCCGACGAAUCAUCUUGCACUACACAUGUUUUUACCAACACAACCACUUUAAACCUACUCUCUCUCCUAUGUAACGAGGUCUGCGCGACCUAGAAGGCCAUGGAAGACUCGUUUGUCGGGUAGGGGAGGGAUCGGGUCAACGGACGGGAUGGUCAACCGGGGGGGUUAAAAGGGAAAUAACUACUAGCAUGGAACGGGACAGGAAUAGGAAACGGAAUUCAAAGAUCACAUAGAUUGAUCGCCGGUGCAUAUGCGUCUCCCGGCACGAAACGUCUGGUAUAUUGAUAUAUCGAUGUGCUGGGAGACUCGCUCGAGGCUGGAGACCUCUUGAGAGAAAAACUCCAAUCCAAAUAUAAAUGAAAGAACAUAACUUCCCC